CAUCUGUUAACAAGCUAAAAGUGACAAAACCAUGGCUCAGUUUCCAACACCUUUUGGGGGCAACCUGGAUAUCUGGGCUAUUACUGUGGAGGAGAGAGCUAAACAUGAUCAACAGUUCCAUAGUCUGAAACCAACAUCUGGAUUUAUCACUGGUGAUCAAGCUAGAAACUUUUUUUUUCAAUCUGGGUUACCUCAACCGGUAUUAGCACAGAUAUGGGCUCUAGCUGACAUGAACAAUGAUGGGAGGAUGGAUCAGUUGGAGUUUUCAAUAGCUAUGAAACUUAUCAAAUUAAAACUACAAGGUUAUCAGCUCCCAUCUUCACUGCCUCCUGUCAUGAAGCAGCCACCUAUUGCUCUGCCUGGUGCACCAGGAUUUGCCACGUUGCCAAAGAGUUCUUCCUUUAGUAGAUCUGGUCCGGGAUCACAGCUGAAUGCAAAACUGCAAAAGGCGCAGUCGUUUGAUGUGGCUAGUGUGCCUCCUGUGGCAGAGUGGGCUGUACCUCAGUCAUCAAGACUGAAGUACAGACAGCUGUUCAAUAGCCAUGAUAAAACAAUGAGUGGACACUUAACAGGUCCGCAAGCAAGAACUAUUCUUAUGCAGUCAAGUUUACCCCAGACUCAGCUGGCCACAAUAUGGAAUCUUUCUGAUAUCGAUCAAGAUGGAAAACUUACAGCCGAGGAGUUUAUUCUGGCUAUGCACUUAAUUGAUGUAGCUAUGUCUGGUCAGCCGCUGCCACCUGUACUGCUUCCAGAGUAUAUUCCACCUUCAUUUAGACGAGUACGCUCUGGUAGUGGCAUAUCUGCUGUAAGUUCAGGAUCUGUAGACCAAAGGUUACCAGAAGAACCAGCAUUAGAAGAAGAACAGCAGCAACUGGAAAAAAAAUUACCAGUUACAUUUGAAGAUAAAAAACGGGAAAACUUUGAACGCGGCAAUCUAGAACUUGAAAAACGAAGACAAGCUCUCCUGGAACAACAACGCAAAGAACAAGAACGUCUAGCCCAGCUGGAACGGGCAGAGCAGGAAAGGAAAGAACGUGAGCGACAGGAGCAAGAACGUAAAAGACAACUAGAACUAGAGAAACAGUUGGAAAAACAACGAGAAUUGGAACGUCAGAGAGAAGAGGAAAGGAGGAAAGAAAUAGAAAGAAGAGAGGCUGCAAAACGGGAACUUGAGAGGCAGCGGCAACUUGAGUGGGAGCGUAAUCGUCGGCAAGAGCUCCUAAAUCAAAGAAACAAAGAACAAGAGGACAUAGUUGUUCUGAAGGCAAAGAAGAAGACCUUAGAAUUUGAGCUGGAAGCUCUAAAUGAUAAAAAAAAUCAAUUGGAGGGAAAGCUUCAGGAUAUCAGAUGUCGGCUGUCUACCCAAAGACAAGAAAUUGAAAGUACAAAUAAAUCUAGAGAACUGAGAAUUGCAGAAAUCACACAUUUACAACAGCAGCUGCAG